UUGAAACUACUUCCGGCUGGCCGGGGUCUGUUGUUGUCAUGGCGGCGAUUUAAACUGUUGUCAAGCUUCGACUAAAAACUAUUAACGGUGUAUUUUAUUUGAAUUAACGUAAAGUUAGCGAAGCUGCGUGUUGCUAAUUUAUAACAGAAGAGUGGUUGUAGUAGAAGCUAAGUCAAAAUGGUUGAAUGGUUAGUUUUUGGUUGGACUUGACGUUAGCAGACCUCAAUUCAAAAAGCGUAGCUAGCUUACUUAUGCUAACUCUCCUCAGCUGAACAUGUUAGUUUGAGAGAAGUCGGUGCUUGUUUUUACCGUCAUGGCUGCACGCAUGUUCCAGACCGGUCCCACGUUCCCCACAGAUCAACAGGGCGAAGGGAGAGACUGGGUCGUUUUAGACCCAGCACGAAACCGAAGAGAUUUGACCAGUGGGACGUCUCAGACCAAGCUAUUGUUCAACGAAGCCAUCCCUGCAAGUGCCGGCAACCGUGCCACCCGCGUUUACCUGCCUGUACCCAUCGUGAUAGAGAGGCUGCUGCCACUGUCCGAAAGGCGUGAGAAUGUGGACAGCACCGGCAGUUCCUUCAGCUUCACCGCGCUCUCUGAGGAGAGGCUGCAGGCUGCCGUGAAGCUUGCCAAGCGAGAUCUGAGACGAAGGCGCCGCGAGUCGCUGAUAAAAUCCCCUGUCAAACCUUCACAAGAGGCCUCACUCCUUGAAACAAGUGAUGCAGAGCUGCUUCAGGAGCUUGAAGCCACACCAAAUAGGAUGAAGUUAAAGACCUCCAGUCCAAAAGACAAAACAGCCCGUCCUGCCAAGCAAACAUCCUGGAAGCCUCCCGUUAGUAAAAAGCCUUGGUUCGGCCGGUCACCCCUAACCAGAGACCCCAGGUCGAGGCAGCCAGAAGGAGGCAAACCGACCCCUCUGAGCCAGGAAAUCUUCAAGCUGCAAAAUGAGCUAGACGUGUAUAUUCAGAAAGUAGAAGAGCUGGCCAACAGAGGGGAAGAAAUGGAGGAACCACUGGAGCCUGAAGAGAAAAACAAGUUGGAGGUGCGCAGACAGAAGCAGGCAGCACGUUCAUCACAAAUUAUCUAUGUCCUUCAGCAACAGGUAAAAGAAGUAAAAGAAGACAUAGAGAAACUAAGAACUCAGCAGAUGACGGAUACCAAAAAGUCCUCUGCAGUAAACAGACUUGCAGCCGCCCACCGUGGGGCACUCAGGGCCUUAAAAGAUGUUAUCCACCAGCUGUCGGAUUUAUCUCUUAGCAAGAUGCCUCCUCACUACAAAGAGCUGGGCCAGCUGAUUCGCCAGCUCUCAUUGUGUUCAGCCAAGGUCGAAGUGGACCAGGGUUCAGCUGUGCCCGAGACGGCCCUCAACAUCCUGCAGAAACUCGAGACUUUGGAUUCUGCCCUCAGAAAACAAGAGAUGAUUGAUAAGGUGCAGGCCCAAACAUGCCCUCCACACAGGAAGUCUCCUCAUCGCAGCAUGUCGCCCACUCGUGUCCUCAAGGGUCCCAGCUCCUCAAAUGUUCAAGGACCUUGCAAACCCAGAAAUCCCAAAAGAGGUGUCCAUGCAGGUAGGAGAAUGGCCUCACAGAAACCCAAAACCACCUUUCACCGGCCACCCAUGAACAGGGCAGAGGUGCUGAGGGCCGGCCUGGAGAGCCUCGCCCAGCAGAGCGGCCUGAGAGAUCUGCAGGGACGACCUCAGACAAACGCCACCUGUAGAAAGGGACUGCACCCUGAGAGAAGAAAGGCUGACGUAAUAUUGAAGCGUAACCAGGGAGGAGGUGCAGGCUUCCAGCAGCCUACAGUCUCCUCUCGGCUCAGAGUGAACGAGGUCCCUGAAAGAGAUCCCUCUGUGCCCUGGAUACCCACAUCCCCUCACUCUCCUCCUCCACAGCGCAGAUCCCCUCAAAGGGGGAGACCCGAGCCUCGAUGUCUCUUCUCUCCAGCGAAGCCUGCGGUGAGCCCUCCGAAGCCGAAUGCGGCCGCUGGUUACCGAGCGGAGCCGGAUCUGAGCUCAGUACAGAAGAAACAAGCUCAGAAUGAAGCAUUAAGGAACGCCUGGCUGGAUAAGAUGACGACGCAGAGACUGAAAGAGCUCAACCAGCUGAGUAAAGAAGAGGCUGAGCGCAUUCAGAGAUUCAGGUCUGAAGUGGUCUCGCCAACUCAGUGGGCUGAGAGAGCUGAGCAGAAAGCUAGAGAGAGAAUUCAGCCCCUUCUGGAUGAAGCUCAGCAGAUUGGCGAGUCCAGGAGCAGGAUCAGCUACUCAAUGAGAAAUCGGCUGUCUGAGCAGGCUGCAGAGAGGGCAGCUGAGACUGCCGAGCAGCUGAGUGAGGACCUGCUGGAGGAUCUGGUUGAGGAUACUGCACGGGCGGCGUGGGCAGCUGAGACAGACAGACAGUUGGAGGGCUUGGCCCAGUGUAGGCUGCAGGCUCCCACCCUGGAGAGUAUGCUGCUUCGUAUGGAGGAGAUACAGAAGGAUCAGGAUGAAGUGAGGAGACGCUUUACUUCUAUCACCUAUUCAGACCCUCUUUACUGGGACCGACCAGGAGCAGCAGGACCCCAGUGCCAUGCUCCGGGCUCCAUACCAGCUCCCCCCCAGCCAAUUAGGCUCACCAGGCCAGUGCUGAAGCAAACCACUGCAGCUGAUAUCGUCCUACAAAGACCUGUGGAUACUGGCUUCCUGUCGGAGGACAGCCGAACGGAGGAGGCAUCCGAAGAGGAGCAGCAGGCCAGAAACACCACCGUGUUCCCGGGCCCAGUGGAGAGAAGCACGGGGACGAUCAUGUCUGUGCCAGCCAGCACGCUGAGAAACAUCAGGCGGUACCGGGAAGACUACGACGCCUACCUGCGAGUUGUGGCUCACGAGAACGUCGGCAGCUUCAACCCCUGGGCCACUGCAAACAGCCUGGCAGACGAGCUAUUGUCGGAGGCGGUGGCUGACGUGGCAGCGGAGUUUCAGGACGUUGUGGAGGAGUACGCCGAGGCCGUCUUCACCUCAGAGUUUCUUCAGCCGGUCCAGUCGCCUCCUGCUCCAGCUGCGGCUUUGGUCAGCCAAUAGGAUCUUACCAGCAUCGUGGAUGGAGCAGUUAAUUGUGUGAAGUAUUUAUUUUGAACCGGGUCUAUUUUGUUGACCAAGGUCUAUGAUUACUUUUGUAAAUAGCUUUGCAAGUUUCAAUUGCAGGUUUUUUCAUUUUGGAAUGAAAAAUGUGUUGUUAUCUAUUUUGCUGUGACUUUCUUGAAAUGGGAUUGUAGAUAUUUUUUUAAAUGACGCUGCAGCAGAUGAGAUUGCUGAAUUGCACACGGAGCAUUAGUCACAUUACUCCUCUGGGUUCAUCUCUAUAUGCUGUUGAAUUCCCCCGGGAAAGUUAGUUUAGUUUGGAUAAGCUUGGAGAGACCAUCAUGACAUUACGGAGGAUUAUAAGAUUACCAACCUCCCUUUGCACUUGGCUUAAAUCUCCCUGGGGAUUACUCACACUGUCUAUUUUCACGUUGGAAUAUGGAAAUAAAUGAAUUGCAUACGGUCGCCACCAAAAUGAUUCAGGAGAAGAUCAUGUGUUUAAUCUAUUGUAACUCUUCCUUUACUUUAAUAUCUGAAUAAAGGGUUUAAACACAGCAAAUGGCUUUAUUUCUACUAUCUGCUUAAUGUCUUAUCUAGUAAGUUGUGUCCACUGUGACUAGAUAGAGUGCAGGAGAACAAAAGAAUAAUGUGGACAUGAAGAAUAUUGAUUUAGCACCAUUUUAUCAUUACCUUCUCACCACUUGCCCUCACUCCAGUUUUUCACUUGUUUACUGUCAGCACUGUCCAACUGAAUCCUGCAUAAUCAAGGGCGAAAACUGUCAAUUGUGAAUUCUG